AUGCCGGAAGCACAUGGGUUCAGGGUGACUUUGGCCACGACAGCCGGAAAAGACUAUGUCGAAUUUGGCAACCAGAGCAUAGGCACGCCAUCACGAGGCCGAGUCAUCAGCAGCAAAGUCCUUGCUAGGGAUGGAGAACAUUUCCAUAUCAAGAUCGACUUCGGCUCUGCCUAUGACAACCUCAACCCAAAUCCUGACAGCAAGCCUCGCUGUGAGCUGCGCCCCAUCUUCCGAAACCCUCUCGACAGCGUCAACGAAGCAGGUGUCAAGUUGAUUGAGCACAAGCCCCACGAGAAACCACCUUUCAAAUUUGGGGUCCUGAUCCAUGUCAAUGGUCAACAACGAGCUGAUUUCGCACAACUCCUCAAUCCAGACCAGCAGAGUAUCAUCGUGAAGGGUCGCCAUUGUGUUGAAAGAUUGAAGGACGGUGAAGGCUUCAAUGUCGUGGUCAAGCCCUGGAAGUUUACUGAAAGAGGCAUUGAAGCCAUGUUAUCGAACAUGGGCCUUUUGGUUAACGCUCGACAUUCCAACGAGUCGACCGACUACGAAAUCGACGAGAUCACCACUGCUUUGAAAUUAACGGCAAGCAUGAAACAUACUGCUCCAGGGGGCCAGAUUGUGGUGAUAAUUCGGCGUUGCAUCGUGUUGGACGAGUCGCCUUACGCAUCUGGCUGGCACCAAACGGAGGAAACCGAAAACGAUAUCCGACCGAACCACAAUACUCCAUCUAUCACCACUAGUAAGAGCUCGACACAACUCAAGCACGUCAAAUUCAUGACCUAUAAGCAAUACGAUCCGGAUGACGAGUUUUACGCCAAAUUCGUCAUUCAAGCUCUGGAUCUUCCCAAGCUGGUGAAUCUCAACUUAGCUACUCCUGACGGUGAGCCCAUCACACAACGACGACGGACAUCAGGAAGCUCUCUUAGCAGUGGUCUUAGUUCUAGUCCCUUGAAGCGAAUCAAGAUGCCUCCUGGUGAUGACUCCGAGUCCGAAGCUGAAGGAAGCACAAACGCAUCAAUCAAUUCCAGCAAUGAAGAGGACGAUCUGUCAAGCGAUGAGGAUAUCCGUUCUAGCAAACGCCACAAACCUCUUGUUGAUACACCUUUACGUCUACCCAAGGCAACGGCACCGAAGCGAUCUGAUAUGACAUCGGCCAGUGGUGAUGCUAAAGAGGAAUGGAUGCACCCUCUCCAGGGCAAUGACGAUAUGAGGACCGAGGGCUCUGCUGUUGGAGAUCUGCAAUCUGUCAAGGCAGAAGAAGCCAGUGAAAAUAAAGCAGUGGCGAAGACGCAGGACGAGGCUGUUCAUAUGGGUUGA